UCGUAUAUUUAUCAUUUUUUAUUACUAAAAAAUUGGACUUUUUUGUUUGAAUUAUCGUCUACAUGCAAAACUCUGUUUGGGUACUGAAGAAUUUGUAGAUAUGCUUCUAACUUCCUCAGAUCGGUCUGCCAUUAUUCUUUCUAUUUUGGUGAUGACAUGGAAUGAAGAGUGACUUCACUUUUAAAAAAGAAGUGGUAGAACUGGUGCCGUAGCCAAUGAAUCUGAUUUUCUAAUUAAUAUCACAGAUAGUCUGUCUUAGAGCCGGAUUGAGGAUUUUAACUUGGAUGGGCUCGACCUUUUAAGGUUCUUAGCAUCGACUUUUGAAAUUAUGAGUUCAGAAGAAAGUUGAUUCAGGAAUGGAAAUUAUAUCUUGCCAUUCCACAUCAUUUUAUUACGUUGUAAACGUUAGAGGGAAAGCAACGGGUAAAUGUCCAGGUUCAAAUCAGGCAAGUUUUCCCAUAUUAAAAGAGGAAAGGAUGUGUUAUGUUCUAUUUAAACCUUCUCGGGGAGCGCUCGGGUAUUCUGGUGCAGAUCAGUUUAGCAUAAAGAGACCAAAUCGGAGCAGAAUUUGUUGCCCUAUCAAUGCAUUCAAGGAAUUUGAUAAUUUUGAUUCAAGUGCCUUGGGUAAAAGUUAUAACUCUUAUGCAGUUGAUGGAAAAGAGGGUAAGCAAGACGUGACUGGUGCUGGCAAAUCAGUACCCAAGGUUAUCAUUCCUGGUUUGCCCGACGAAGAUAAUAAAGGUGAUUUGGGUGCUCCCAUUAGCAGUUGGUUUUGGGAAUGGAAGCCAAAAUUGAAUGUUCAUUAUGAGAAAUCAGGUUGCGAAAAUGUUAAUUCCCCACCAGUGCUUUUUCUUCCUGGUUUUGGUGUUGGUUCCUUUCACUAUGAAAAACAGCUAAAGGAUCUUGGCCGUGAUCACAGAAUAUGGGCAAUAGAUUUUCUCGGCCAGGGGAAGUCAUUACCAUGUGAAGAUCUGACCUCGACGUCCAAGGAACAACUUGACGGAGAUGUGUGGGGCUUUGGAGAUGAAGCAAAACCCUGGGCAAAAGAACUUGUCUACUCUAUUGACUUAUGGAAGGAGCAAGUGCACUAUUUCAUUGAAGAGGUUAUUAAAGAGCCAGUUUACAUUGUGGGGAAUUCUCUUGGUGGGUAUGUUGCCAUUUACUUCGCAGCACGUUAUCCUCAUUUGGUUAAAGGUGUAACUUUGCUGAACGCAACACCAUUUUGGGGAUUUUUUCCGAAUCCUGUUAAAUCCCCAAGAUUAUCUAGAGUAUUUCCCUGGACUGGGAGCUUUCCUCUUCCCACCUCUGUCAGAAUGCUCACAGAACUUCUAUGGGAGAAAAUUAGUGGUCCUGAAUUUAUUGCUAAGGUACUGAAACAAGUUUAUGCUGAUCACACCACAAAGUUUGAUAAAGUUUUCACUCGGAUACUUGAGACGGCAAAACAUCCUGCAGCAGCGGCAGCCUUUGCCUCAAUAAUGUUUGCUCCUAGAGGACAAGUUUCUUUUGAAGAGGCUUUAUCUGGGUGUCAAAUGAAGAAUGUGCCUGUCUGUCUCAUGUAUGGGAAACAAGAUCCAUGGGUGAAGCCUAUUUGGGGUUUACAGGUGAAACGGCAACUGCCUGAAGCUCCAUAUUAUGAGAUUAGCCCUGCCGGCCAUUGUCCCCAUGAUGAAGCUCCAGAGGUCGUGAAUUUUCUGCUCCGUGGAUGGGUAAGGAGCUUAGAGUCCCAUGGAUCAGUUGCAUUGCCUCUGCUUGAAACUCCAGAAAAUGUUGAUUAUGAUGUUGCCAGAGACUUGGAUUUUUCUCGUGAGGGGCUAAAAAGAUCAGUGCAAGUGCAGUUUUAUGGGUCAAUGAUUCCCCAUUGGAAGAGGGUUAGCGCGUACCUAAAAACUCAAUUUCAAAAUUGAGGGGCUUACUCUCGAUAAAUGAUCAGAAAUCAAGGAAUGUAGAUUGCCAUUUAAGUUUUAACAUAUUUUUUAGCAAUGUAAAUUGUUAUAUAGGUUAAUAUAUGAUAAUUAUUUUUUUCAUUUCUUUUAUUUGGCAUGUGAAUAAUGUGGCUGGGAAAUUGUAUAGGGUAAAAUCUGUUAUGACAUGUAGCCGUCCAAGAAAGGGACACGUGGAACUCAAGAUAGGGGAUGACUGAAGAUUGAAGACAACUGUUUCGUUUGUCACCGGGAAGAAUAAUGCUCAUAAAGAUGUGAUAAGUGUUAUUCUCCCGAUAGCAUUCAAUAGAGAAUAUUCAUAGCAUUAAGAGCAGUUACCCGUUAUAAGGAAUUUGACAUUUAUGUUCACCGUUAUAUCUUCAUCAAUGCCCCUCAUAAUUGACAUUAAAGAAGGGCACGACCCUAGGACCUUCUUCAUAGCUAUAAAUAGUGAGCUCAGUUGUUAUUGUAAGGGGGAUGAAUUUUCUGGAAAACUUGCACUAUAUUUUAUUCAAAGCUCAAUCCAAUCUUAUCUUCUUAUUUUUUGAUU